AACAAGAUCGAGAAAUACACACACACACGAAGAAGAAGAAGAAGAAGAAGACGAUACAGAUCCACAACGCCAUGGGUUUAGGCUUCUUAGCUUCUCGAACAAUUCGACCAGCUUCUCGUCUUCUUCAAUCACACAACUCCAAUUUCUUCCUCCGCACCAUCGUCUCCAAACCAGAGCUCCAAUCUCCUGAAUCCGCUGCUGUCUCUGAGCCUGAGCCACCGACACAGAUUCUCCCUCCUAGAAACCCUGUAGGUGGAGCACGCGUCCAUUUCUCGAAUCCUGAAGAUGCGAUCGAGGUUUUCGUUGAUGGUUACGCGGUCAAAGUCCCUAAAGGAUUCACUGUUCUUCAGGCUUGUGAGGUCGCUGGAGUUGAUAUUCCAAGGUUUUGUUAUCAUUCUCGUUUGUCUAUUGCUGGAAAUUGUAGGAUGUGUCUUGUUGAGGUUGAGAAAUCUCCUAAGCCUGUAGCUUCGUGUGCCAUGCCUGCACUUCCAGGGAUGAAGAUUAAGACUGAUACGCCGAUAGCGAAGAAGGCAAGGGAGGGAGUGAUGGAGUUUUUGUUGAUGAAUCAUCCUUUGGAUUGCCCUAUAUGUGACCAAGGAGGAGAGUGUGAUCUUCAGGAUCAGUCUAUGGCUUUUGGAUCUGACAGAGGUCGUUUUACUGAGAUGAAAAGAUCUGUUGUUGAUAAGAACCUUGGUCCUCUUGUGAAGACUGUUAUGACUCGGUGUAUCCAGUGUACAAGGUGUGUACGAUUUGCUUCAGAAGUUGCUGGAGUUCAGGAUCUUGGUAUACUAGGUCGUGGUAGUGGAGAAGAAAUUGGAACUUAUGUUGAAAAGCUUAUGACCAGUGAACUCUCUGGAAACGUUAUAGACAUCUGUCCUGUUGGAGCCUUGACUUCAAAGCCCUUUGCGUUUAAAGCCAGAAACUGGGAGUUGAAAGCAACAGAAACUAUUGAUGUUAGUGAUGCUGUUGGGUCCAACAUCCGUGUUGAUAGUCGAGGACCAGAAGAUAUAAACGAAGAAUGGAUAUCUGACAAAACCCGAUUUUGUUAUGACGGUUUGAAAAGACAAAGGCUGAGCGACCCUAUGAUCCGAGAUUCCGAUGGACGAUUCAAGGCAGUGAGCUGGCGUGAUGCCUUGGCUGUCGUGGGUGAUAUCAUUCAUCAGGUGAAGCCAGAUGAGAUUGUUGGAGUAGCAGGUCAGCUAUCUGAUGCGGAAUCCAUGAUGGUACUGAAGGACUUCGUUAACAGAAUGGGUUCAGACAAUGUCUGGUGUGAAGGAACAGCUGCUGGUGUUGAUGCUGAUCUUAGGUACAGUUAUCUGAUGAACACUAGCAUCAGUGGACUUGAGAACGCCGAUCUCUUCCUUCUAAUUGGUACCCAGCCUAGGGUUGAAGCUGCAAUGGUGAAUGCUAGGAUCUGCAAGACAGUCCGAGCAUCGAAUGCCAAGGUUGGAUAUGUUGGUCCACCUGCAGAGUUCAACUACGACUGCAAACACCUUGGGACUGGGCCUGAUACCCUCAAGGAAAUUGCUGAGGGACGGCACCCAUUCUGUACGGCUCUCAAGAACGCUAAAAACCCUGCAAUCAUUGUUGGUGCUGGGCUCUUCAACAGAACUGAUAAAAAUGCUGUCCUCUCUUCUGUGGAAUCCAUCGCACAAGCCAACAAUGUCGUCCGACCAGACUGGAACGGUCUCAACUUUCUCCUUCAGUAUGCUGCUCAAGCGGCUGCUCUUGAUCUUGGUCUCAUUCAACAGUCCGCUAAAGCUCUCGAGUCUGCAAAAUUCGUCUACUUGAUGGGAGCAGAUGAUGUAGAUGUUGACAAGAUUCCUAAAGAUGCCUUCGUGGUUUACCAAGGACACCAUGGAGACAAAGCGGUUUACCGUGCAAACGUAAUUCUCCCUGCAUCGGCCUUCACCGAGAAAGAAGGAACCUAUGAAAAUACUGAAGGAUUUACCCAACAGACUGUUCCAGCUGUUCCAACUGUUGGUGAUGCAAGAGAUGACUGGAAGAUUGUGAGAGCCUUAUCCGAGGUCUCGGGUGUGAAGCUUCCAUACAACUCAAUCGAAGGUGUUAGAUCAAGAAUCAAGAGCGUUGCACCAAAUCUAGUCCACACAGAUGAGCGAGAGCCAGCUGCUUUUGGGCCUUCAUUGAAACCUGAAUGCAAGGAGACAAUGAGCACAACACCGUUCCAAGCCGUGGUUGAGAAUUUUUACAUGACAAACUCGAUCACAAGAGCAUCAAAGAUCAUGGCGCAGUGCAGUGCCGUGCUCUUGAAGAAGUGAGGGCUUUUUAACUCCCUAUGUUUUCACAUUUUUUCUCUCUUUCGCAAAAAUAAAGAUACUGAUUCUUCGUUUGCUCUCCUAUUUACCGACCUUUUGUGUAAGCCGAGUAUCACUGUAUCUUGGGUUUAGCUUGCGGUGAAUCUAUAAGCAAUUUGCAAUAAGCACAUUGUUAGAUU